AAUACGGCAGUUAUACUGCAUAGUCAAUUAAACUAAAUUUUAAAAUCAUUUUAUGAUUUUCUUUUCUAAAAUGACAUUUUUCUUUUAAUCUUUGAGGGGAAAAACUAAAAUGAAAUCGAAAUGUGAGAUAAUUUUAGCAUUGUUGAAUAUUUUUAUUGAUAUUGCUACCUGCAGUAGUGAGUGCCAAAGACCACAUAAUGAUACAUGUUGUUACAACGAAUACUUUGACUCCAAAAACAAUACCUGCAGAGAAUGCAAGCCUGGAAGAAUAGGAUGGAAUUGUAAUUAUUCUUGUGCAGAGGGAUAUUACGGAAGGUUGUGUAAACAUUCCUGCACGUGUAACUUUAAUGAUUGUGAUCCGGAAGUUGGGUGCCAGUUACAAGCUACGAACAGUUACAAUUCAACAGAUUCAAGUCAGAACAUAAAUAAUGAGUAUAACAGAAAGAUAUUGCACUCUAUUUCGAAGCAACUAAAGUUGAUGAGCAACACCUUAUUUCUAAUUGUGGGUUGUGUAAUCAUUCUUAUUCUGGGGCAGUGGUAUAUAAUCUGGAAGUGCAAGAUAAAACCAGGUGUCCGCAAUGGAAUGAAACAGAUUGAUACACACACGAUAAAUAACCCGCAAUCUAUAGCUGUGGCUAUGGAGCGAGGAUAUACGGCUUUGUCAAAUGGGAAUAUUAGAAACUUCGCAUAA